AUGUCUAAUCGUAUCUCAAGACCUUCUGCUGAAUCCGAAUUAGAAGCUGCCGAAGAAGAGCUUAAAAAGGCGAGCGCCAAAGUGCGUCGCUUACGAAAACAAAAGAAAUUAUGGUUCGAGAAAAUGAUGCGCGCGAUCGCGCGUGGUAUCGACAAUGUCAAAGAGUUAGAGCGUGUAGAACGGGAGGAAGCGGAACAGCUUCAGAAGACCACAGGGGUCCUUCCUACUCCUUCCGAGGAUCUAGAUCCUGCUCUUGUUCGUUCUUUAGAUGCUGAGUUCGGUAUCGAGUCGUUGGACGGUACUCAUGCGAUUGAUUAG